AUGGAGAAAGUGAUAUUUCAGGCUGAAAUUACUAGACACCUCCAGGAAGUAGAGAAGGUAAAAGAAACCCAGGGAGAAGAACUGCCCUCAGACCAGUGUGUUAAACCUUGGAGCAACCAUGAGAUUAGGAGUUUCCUACAAGAAUGGGAACUCCUUGAAGAUGAAGAGUUAAAGAAGAAUUAUCACAGAGCAUCAAGAAUAAUUGCCAGGCAUCUCAAGCAAACGGGCAUUAAUAAGAGCAGGAGAAAAUGUCUCCAGAUGCUAAUAAACAUGCAGGACUUAUAUUGGACCGUUCAUGAAGCCAACCAGAGACCAAGGAGUGAACCCUUGCCAUGUCCUUAUGGAGAGGCCCUUCACAGGAUCCUAGAACACAGAGGGGAGAACAAGGACUUCUCAGAAGUGGCUGAUGUCCCACCACCCGAGUACCAGCCCCCUGCGUGUGCCAUCCCUGAUUGCUUUGAGGAGCUGCUGUGGGCUCCCCCACAUAUGAUCUACAUAGAGGAUCCUCAGGUACCCAGAUGGGAGCCCUGGAACAUGUACCUUCCACAGUCAAGUCCAUGCCUGUUUCCUGCAUUUCUCCCCCUACACCCUGGCCCCCAGCAACAGUGGUCAACUCUCUCUGACACUGAGUCAGAUUGAGAACUUACAGUUGGAACCUGGAUCCCAGUUUGAUUCGAAGGACAGACAAUGGACUAGCACAAUUCUAUACACUCAUGACUUCUUUUUUCCUAGCCCAAUGUAAUGAGGGGAAAAAAUGUGAAAAUAAAUGACUGUGACCCUCAAAAAAAAAAAAUCACACUUCUAAUUCAGGUGGAAAAACAUAUAUAAAUGUGUGUACAUCCACAGGUAUUAGGGGGCAAAAAUCUGAAUGCACAUACUCAACUGCACAUGAGGCCAUCAAAAAAUGUACCUGCAGUGAUCCAACUUCUAAGAAACAGAAUCUUAAA